GCCAAAUUUAAAGACUGUAUGUUGAUUGUUAUACAACGUUGUAUGGAAGGUUGUUGUUUGGAUAACGAUAUUUUGUUGUUUAUAUAAACUUGUUGUUUUUAUUUAUUGUUCAGUCUCUUUUAUUCUAUGAUGUUCGGAAUAAUCAUGCCAUUAUCUUCAUUGUAAGCUGUUCACAAUGUUAUUUUCGUUCUGCUGAUCGAUCUUUGACGUUCUAGAAUGUUCCAUGUGCUCCAUUGGUGGUUCCUGAGCUUUGUAUUACGCACAUUCCAAUCCCGUCUGAAUCAAAACAAAUUCAAAGCUACACUCGAUUUACCCCCACGCCAAACCUCUCCAAUUCUAGCCAGUCUAAAGUAACCGAUUUCGGGCAGUCGGUCUAGCAUGUUGAUUUGAUUUUAUCUAUGAAUGUCGUAAAGCGACCGCUAAUGAUCAACACUCUUCAUUUAACAACUUAUUCAGGAAUGUGACCUAUUCUCGAUUCACAAUUGCUAAGCCGUCAUUCACAUAAUCGUCUAAUUUGUAUUCAGUAACACCUCGAACAAAAAUAUUUCAUGGGGAAUUUUUUGUACUGUUAAAAUGGCAAUGCGAUUCACAGUAAUUCAGUGAAGACUAAAUGUGGAAUUCGGUUAUCUCGACGACGCUGUGAUAUGCCAUCUCUUUUCAAAUUGACUUUAAUUAAGCAGUCUUUGAAUGUGCACGGAGUUGUCACAGCGGGCGAGAAAUAGUUGAGUAUUGUAGUCAAAAAGUAUUUGUUGUGUUGGCGGAGUCAAGGACUUUAGGAUAAAUCAUACACCACAACAAUAUAGAAAUGCGCUAUCCCCCAAAGCGUCUUCAAUGGUACGAGCUUACCACGCCAAUUUGAGUCGAUUGUGGCGUCCGUAAAUUUCAUAUCAGUCUUUCGACCUUUGUAAAUAUUUCACAUAUUUUUGAAAUAUCAGGUUUUCUCUCGACCUGUGAUUUGCAUAACAAUUGAAAAGAUGGAAUGAGCCAAUUAAAAGGCCCUUCCGAAACUCCGGCUAGCGGAGCGUAUCUUGUGGCCACACAACAACACCGAAGAUCGCUUAACAUCAGGCGAUAUAAACCGGUACAACGGUGGUACGUUUGAACCAGUCAUACAUGGCCUCGCUCGACUUCAUCAUGUUGAUUUGAACAUCAUCUUGCGGCUGCUGUAAGCCACAUCUACAACCAAACAUGAAGACACUACGUAUACUACCACUUCUGGUUGUCGUGUUCCUCUCACAAAUCCCACACGCUGAUGCAGCAACGUGUACAACCGAAUUCAUACUCGCUGUAGUAUUUGGUAGUGUCUUGGCAUUGGUCCUUAUAAUUCUACUGUUAUACUGUUGUAUAAAACGUUGUCUUAAUAGACGAAGCAAGCCUCCGGGUAGGUUUUACAUUUUCAGGACUCAUUUAUAUAACUGUACUUAUUAACCUAAAAUAUUUAUUGUGAUACAUCAAAUAUUAAAAUAGAUCCACUCAUCCUGGAUAUUUGUAUAAAUCUUAAUUUACAUUUUCAAAUCCCGUAUUCCCUAAGCCACGUGGCUUAACCGUAUAUAAUUCUUCGUCGCGAUAUAGCUUCAACCAAAUCUCUCGUUUCGUCGGUUGAGGAAGGAGGCAGUAGACGAUUUGGAAAUCCAAGUAUGGACUUUUCCAUCGGUGAUGUGGAACUCGAAGAAAGAAGACGUGAAGAACAUCGCAACAUUUGUUCGCAAUGCCAUCAAAGAAUGAUACGAGCUAACAUAGGUAUGAAAAUAUUUAUUUAAGUAUUAGUCGAAUAAUGAGACUUAAAGUUGUUCCCACGUCUUGGCUCACUUUAGGCUUGAAUGUGCUUUUGAAUUUUGUGGGUGGGUUCGAUUGGGGUUUGAGUUACCGCAUGCUGUGAGUCGUAAGACCUUUUUGACCGUCGUUGUUUAGCUCGUCACCGUCGACGAGUGGAUCGUUUGUCGUCGAUUAAUAGCCGCAUUUGGAUUUAAUUUCUUGCUAAAUAACUCUCUCGUUUCAAGCUCUGCGGCUCGCUUCGUGUUGUAUCUCGACGUUGGCUGCCUUGAUUAAGACUUUCGUAUCGGUUUGUAAAAGCGAAUUUGGAAUCUCGUGUUGUUGUAAACUACAAACUGUCGGCUUUAAGUCCUUUAACUAGAUCGCUAGACACAUAUUUUGUACUAUACUCGUGUCACAAGGUCAAGAAGUCAAACGAGACUUUCGUGUUUGCUUAUCGAAUUAUUUAGCCGUUUAAAGAAUUUCGCUCAGAUGAACGAUCCGACAUAGGCUAGGUCUAGUUUCUUCUGUAAUUGUGUUGCAGAUCGUCGAUGUCCAUGAGAGUUAAUACAAGUUGGCCAUGAUUUGCCAGAAAUUUUUGAUGGCUUUGGAAUUUUUCGUAGCCAAGUACAGUAAUCGGCGUACUUCAAAGUUUAAAGUUCGUUGCUUCCUCAGAAUGAUAAGUGAUUCCGGAUGGAAAUCUAAAUACAUCGUGUCUCCAAGUAGAUUCGGACGCUUUGAAAUCCAUCCUGGACAUCGCUCGCGUUUUAGCCAGCUCAGUUUAUACCUAUCAAAAAUCCUCCUGAUAUACUUAGCUACGUUCAAGAUACUCUACUGAACAAAAUUGGCAGAGGUUAUUACACCUUGUUGAUUGCAAAAAAAAAUAGAAGACAAUUUAGCAAGACGGCGCACUUAGACAAGCACGCUAUGUUACUCUAAACGUUGCAUAUUCGCUUGGCUUUGCCUACAUCAGUUGUCCAAGUUAACUUUGGAGUUUUACUUUAUUUGAGAACAAACGCAAUUGAGAGGCCAGCAGAGUUUCACAGCGGCCUUCCGCACAAAACAAGAGUUUAAGCAGCAAGAUAAUUAAGCAUUUGAAUAUUUUGAUCGGCAAGAUAAGCGUUUGAGAAGCCGCUAUACUUUUCAGUCGCAUGCACUCAAUUGUGUCAAGUGCAUAAGGCGUGCCACGUCACUCCUCUUGGCCAAGUCUGACUGGUCGAAAAUCUUGAUAGGAAAACAUUUAUAGCCAUAUAGCUGCGGUUUCAAGGGCUAAUGUCAGUGUAAUAUAUUAUACUAGUAGAUAUACUUCCUAUACUUUGUUUCCCUGUUCCAUUACAAAAUAUAUGUUUUGAUAUAAAGGAGAAUUAAUGCACUAAUAGUAGCUUUUGUAAGUGAAUAUCUAUAUUUUGCGGCGGAUUUAAACGGUAUUAAAAAUUGUUUACACAUAAGUCGACCAAGACAAACAAAACUGGCAAGUCACCAUGUUGAUUUAACUUGUUUACGAUUAGAAUGCUCAAGCAAUCACUAAUUACUCUUAAUUAAUACCACAAGCUAAUUUAGCGGUUGUAAAAUGUUCUAAAUGGUAGGCUAUUGUAUGAGAACUGACCUUGGCCCAAGGCUCAAGAGUAGCACUUAAAUAUUUUUAUUGCUGUCAACGAUUACACGGCGGAAGCCCUAGGGCUAAAAACAUACCUGUUUAUCACAAAUGUACUGUAGUUCAUCGUCUCUUUCCAAAACAUGCAUGGUAACAAUGGUAGCAUCUACCGUAAAUGAUGAUCCAAUAUUUCUGAGUUCUAGAUUGGAACAUAAAAAAUACUUUAAGUACUUUAACUGCCAAAGGCGCCCUAGGAAAGCGUUGGACUCGAUCAGGUUGAGCUGCGUCGUUCGUAAUUCUGCUUAGCUCUCAGCUGCAUGAAGUACAGUAAGGAUUUAUUUAUUUAUUAAUAACUUUACAAUCAUAGAAAAGUAUAACAAUGAUUUGAAGGUAUGGUCAACACGACAUGAGUCCCAUGCAAAGACCAACCUGAUCAAAAACAAUAAGUAGACAUACAUUAAAGACAAGGACUAGAACACUAUUUUAAUACAUAACUAUAUAAAAAUUCAUAGUUUAGAUUAUGAGCAACAGCUUAAGUUGAAAGAACGGCAUUUAGAGCAGUAGGUUUUCCAAGUGCGCAUUCUGUUGAUUAGCACACCCCAUUUACUCCCCCCCCCCCCCCUACGUAACAAAUGGGUAUCAUUCCCCUGCUUUUAGCAAGGUGGGGUUUACGCCCGUGUAUGUGGCACGUAAGAAUGUAUGCCAUUUAUUGGUGAAUAAAGUCUCACCCUGUGAAUAUAUAUGACAUAUGAACGAGUGACAAGAGGUUAUAUUGACAUAAAUCCAAUAAUAUUACUACAGUACAUAAUAUAAUUAAAGUAAUAUAAUUAAGAUUAGAAAUAUUUUACGGUUCAUGCAAAUUCCGACCAAUGGCUUCUUCAUAAUGCAAAAAUUUCAACAGAAUUCCAGGACGAGGCAAUUUUGGCCCCAUGCAUAUGCAAUUAAUUUAUAUGCAAUAGAAAGACUUAAACAGACGGGCAACUUUAUUUGUGCAAGUAUAUGAUGAGUACUUAAAUUUAAUAAGAGUACUAUUAAAUACGAUAAUCGUCUGUAAGGAAUUUUAAUUUGAACUGAAUAAUUGAAACUGGCGAAUUUCAUACCAUGUAUGGGGAGAAGGAGUAUUUUUGUGCAACCUUGGACCUUGGUAGGAAUUUUGUCUUUAUCACUAUAUUUUUUUAUCAAAACCGGUUCGUUUUGACGCAUUUAAGACGUUGACUAUUCUGUUUUUAAACAAAAAUAAAGGCUGGUGUUUGUACUAUUAAAGUUUCUGUGAUCACAGUAGGAAUUUUGCGUGGGUAAAUUCUAAGUUUUGAAGGAUUUGUAAGAAAUGUUUCAGGGGACUGACUCCGUCAUGUUAAACACACUGUUGGUUCCCUUAAACAUUUCCUACAAAUCCUUCAAAAACGUCUAACUUACCGAUGCAAAAUUCUUAAUGUGAUCGCAGUGCAAACUAGCCUGUAUAAGACCAACACAAGAUGAAGUGUGAAUGUUUCUUCCAAAAGAUAGUUACGCAGGCUACCAAAAGGCGAAGUAAACAACAAGCCGGUGUAAGACAAAAAUAGUGGUCAUUACGUGUUCCUAAUGACACACACCGGAAGAAAUUUGUAUUCGACAAGUGUAAUUACCCUUAUCGGCCAAUGCCGCUACGCGGUUGUUUUUCAUAUUAUAAUAUUCUUGAACUGUCUAGCACUUGAAACAGUUUACCUCAUAAGUCACUUUCCUAGUUUCCUGAACAACCUAAAAAUAAAAAUUGAAAAGUUAAAUCAUUUCCCACGCCAAUGCCAAUCGUGGUACGUUUUAGGACUUCAGCUCUUUUAUUUCUGGAACUGAAGUCGAUGAGUGCGACUCCCCGAGAGAAGCCCUGGCUAUAGUUUUGGCCACUUGUUUGUCACAUCUGUCAACUGUGACAAGCUCAUAUAACUAUUAUUAAAUAGUUCGUAAUUAUCGAAUGAGUUUGAGCAUGAUAUGAAAAAUUAUUAAGGCCGAAGUUUUCUGCUAUCAACUGAAGCACAAAGUAAGGUCUUCAUGAUCUUCAUAUCAUGCAAAAACCGAAUUCAAGAAUUGUUUUAUUAUUUAUUGAAAAGAUGAAACAGCGGUCGGCUGUGGGAAGCUAUUCGUCAUGUUGUGACGGGUUUCUCAUGACGUCAUUCCGUUGAAAAUGUCAGCUGUGAGAGGCAACACGCAAAUUCCAUGAACCAUUAGAUACGUUUUCAAUCGCUACACUCGUUGGAAUCGAGGUUUAAGUAAAUCAAUACAGCUAGUAUUGCAAGUGAAAAUAUGUCUGAAGGCCUGAUUUCACGAGUGCAUUUAGUUCUCGGCGAAAUGGGAAGAAUUUUGCGCGAAAUGAAUGGAUCUUUCCCUUUAUAACUAAAAUUUUGAUCUAGACAAGUCUAGACAAAAAUUUCAUCACAGCUUGAAAGAGCAUCACAAAAUUAGUAAUAUUCCAAAGUUUCGUUGCGAAAUGUUGUAAAAUGCGGCUAAUAUAGCUCUGCGAAAUUUGCAAUUUUCAGUCAUUUUGUAUUACAAACUGGAAAUUGAUGCCCCAACACCCGAUUGGGCUGUCAAUUUCCCGUGCGUAAUACAAAAUGACUGAAAAACGGCAAACUUCGCAUGGCUAUAUUAUCCGCAUUUUACAACAUUUCGCAACGAAACUUUGGAAUAUUACUAAUUUUGUGAUGCUCUUUCAAGCUGUGAUGAAAUUUUUGUCUAGAUCAAAAUUUUAGUUAUAAGGGGAAAGGUUCAUAUUAACGCAGGAUGAAUAAGUGGGAAAAUUGAAUAGAAUCACUCGCGCGCAACCAUCCAUACUUCGUAGCCGGAGAAAAUCUCCAUCGCGAAGAAUUUCAGCGUCGUGGAAUCGGCCAAGAUAUUAUACAUAAAGGGUGUUAAAGAAAUUAUUGAGUGGAAAUUUAUAUACAUUUAUUAGACUCAACCAGGAACCUGCUGUGAAAAAUGCAACUUAGGUCCCUGACAGGAAUCGAACCUGCAUGUGAAGUUCAAUGGGUAAAUAUCUCAAGAUUUUGUUGGCAUUUCACUCGAUAGACAAAUCAAAUAUAGACUAAUUUUAUUCCAAAUCAAUAAGAUUCCAAAGUCAAUUAUAGACUAAUUUUAUAUCUUGGCAAAAAAAGUAUAUUCCCUGAUCUUAAGAGCAUACUAAAAUGAGUAAAAUUGCAAAGUUUGGUUGCGAAAUGUUGUAAAAUGCGGAAAAUAUAGCCUUGCAAAGUUCGUAAAAAACUAUACAAAAUUUGCAAACUUUGCAAGGCUAUGUUUUCCGCAUUUUACAACAUUUCGCAACCAAACUUUGCAAUCUCACUCGUUUUCGUAUGCUCUUUCUAGCUGUGGUGAUUUAUUUGCAUCCGUCCUUGCCUAGUUUUAAAAUUAAUCUAUAAUGGUUAUUGUCUAUUGAAUAAUCGUUCAAAAGUUUUGUAGGUGGAAAUUAUCAAGUGUAAACUUAGGUAAACGUAAGGUUGGGUGACUAGGUCUAAAGCCGGUUUUCCACUAGGCGGAAUUUUGCGCGUGGAGCGGAAUUUUAUAAUUAGAAAAGACAAAGAAAAAUUCCGCUCCGCGCGCAAAAUUCCGCCUAGUGGAAAACAGGCUUAACAAAUGGUAUACUAUAAAUUUCCACUCAAUAACUUCCAUCAGUACAAAACCUUCAACUAUAUAUUAUUCAAUCGAGUUCUGAGAUGCCAACAAAAUCUUGAUGAUUGAUAUAUACUUGUUGAAAGCCGAGUUAGCUUGACCCUAGGUUAAUUAACUUAAAAUUCAAAGCAAACUUCUUAACUUUCCAAGAGCUUGUUUAUAAAUUUCAGGAAAUAUUUCCUCCGAGAUCUUGUCUGAAUCAGUAGGAGUUUUCUUUCCUGAAGGUUUUGAAAUAAACAGACGUGUAGAAAUACAUAAGUCGACAGCAAGUUAAAUUUUAACCCAUGAAGGGUUAUCGCUGAUCGUGUUUUGAAGACCCAGCCCUUGGUUGUCGAGAACUUCAACUCGUUGAGACAUGUUCGUCGAAAAUUUAUUUCCAGUAUGAACCCUUUGAAAACUGAAUUGAAAACUCGAAUAAUACCAUGCAGUAUUAUACAAUACAGGUACAAAUAUAUGUACAAUGGAUAUUUUUGUACCGUUUUCUUCAGUAUGUACCAACAUAAAUAUUUUCGUCAAUUUAGCAGCGAAGUUUGAAAGUAUAAUUGAAAUAUCACUUUAUAAAUUUCCCUUAAUUGGGUUUGGCGGGCAGUUUCAGUACAUAUCUUGGAUUCUUCUUAGUAUCAGAUUAAUUUCACGAGCCAUAUGUGUUUUGGGUCGAAUUCUACAACUGCGUAGUGUCGUAUCAUCCUAAAACCUGCUUUUCAGUGAGGCGUUUUUCAUGCCGUAUGUAAACGCAGGAAAAAGUUUAAAUCUUUCUAAAUUCAAUAUAAGUACCAAAUCCCUCGACAAACACGCUUUAAAUUAUACACAAAAUGAACGCUGUGCUUUUUUCAUUUACUGUAAUUAUUUGAUAAGGAACUCUUUAAAUGCAUCGGUUUGAACUUUUCGUGCGGGUAGACACGUAUGAAAAUCUCUACGAAUUGAAAAGCAGCCGGGGCCAAAUGCCCCCCUCGUCCCAGUAUAUAUAAUUAUAUAUAUUAAAAUAUACCUUGGAAUUAAGUCGCAGGUAAUAUAAACCAUGGUAGUCCUAAAACUCGUUCAAACAUGCAAAAAUGGUAAUCAAUUCUACAGCCUAGACACUAUCAACAAUGUAUUUAUACUAUAUAAACACUUUAAAGCUGUUCGUUGCUCAUUUGAUUAUCAAAAAAUUAUACCGUAUAGAUAUCGAUUUUUGGUUACAACGAUUAUAACCUAUUCGGUUAGAGCUCGACAACUGGCCUCUGUAGCUCAUUUGGUUAUAUAGCGUAGCCUGCGAACAGGCUCUCUUUGAAAGUUAUAGCGCUGCACCGGAAUCGCAGGGCCUGCAGAGGGCGAAUAGUUGUAUUUUUUGCCACUGCUCCUUUUGGGUCUAAUAUAAAUGCAUAAAAUUAACACUCCAGAAAUUGCCAGCGACAAAUUCCUUCCACAUAGCGCAAAUUGACGAUCGUGUUCUGCGAUUUCACGGCAAACCGCACGCAUGAAUAUUCAGGUAUGUUGUGGUCAACCAAUAUGCCUGACGUCACGUUGUGAAUAUUUAAAUUUACUCCAAUUACCAAAUUCCAGACAAUUCGAGCUACGCUGUUGUCGAGUAUUCUAGUGCUUGUAUUAGUGCCUCAGCUUAAAUUGGACGUGAAAAUGUCUUAGACUCGAAGGUCUAUCUCACUUUACUCGUCGUUCGUUUGCGAAUAUCAACCGUGUAUUGAAACAACCGUGUGAUUACGUAUAUUUGGAGUGCGUUUUUGAGAUUUGGUGAACUUUUAAAGGAGUGCCACUGGGAUCGUAUUAGCAGGUAUGAGCCAUUUAGAUUAGGCGUAUUAUUAUGGAAUGAUCUUUAGGCUAUAGUAACGUGGAAUUAAACAAUCCCCUAGGGUAGUUGCGUUGUAGAGCACAGAUUUUGCAACAGUUGUCAAACAUGGACUUGCCGAAGCAUGCUUUUUCAUGUAAACUCGCAGAACCAAAGGGCGAUGGACUGUGUCGUUUAUAUAUAUGUGAACGACGACGCUGACUUGUUUAUGUCUAAAAUGCAUGUGUUUAUGAUACAAUCGUCGGCUCAGCGUUGUUUGUGGCAAACCAAAUUUGAUUAAAGUACCAUGUGUCGUAAUACAAUGUCGCUGUAAUUAAGUAAAAUACAUUAGCUUGGCAAACUUCAUGUGAGCAACAGUAUUUUUGUUGUUACAAUGCGUAUAUUACACGCGAGCAACCACGUUGAUUGCGAUGGAAAUGCUUGGAUACGAGCGUUUUAAAACGAUUCCUUAGAAACACAACGGAUUACCGAAUGUUUGCUUCGAAUGAACGUUUUUGGGAGAUUAAAGUCGAAACAUUAACGAUUUUAAGGUAUGUUAGCUAUAGGGAACGCCUUUACAUUCGGGCGAUAGCAUCUCGAAGUCUCUCGAUCACUCUCACAUGCCAUUUCUCAUGAAUUUUUUGAAUGCAAAUAUCUGUUUAAUCAUGCACGUUUUGCUUCUAAUUUCUGCGUUGUUUACGCGGCGUGUUUCAAUAUUUACUAAACGAGGUCUCGUUCUAGCUCCAUUUCAGCAUUUCCGACGUGUAAUAACGUAAAGGCGAGGGGCAGUUACGUAUGUCGCCGCGAGUUUUACCCUACAGUCCUUUAUUAGUAGAUCUAAAGAUCAGCAAACCAUGAUCUAUUGAUCUAAGGCUUAGCAUUGACAAUACUAUAACAUUCUAAUAUAUUUUGGCUGUAUAUCUAAUAGUACGCUUGCAAACUCGGAAGUGAAUUCUUUUGCGCAUUUAAAAGGCAAAAGGUAUGCGAUGGUAUGCAAAGGCGUGGGUACAGAAUGUAUAUAACUUAGGAGGCUCAUUGGCAAUAUGUACAACCAUUCAAUGCCGCAUGUGGACAAUAUCAGAACUAAUUUUCCAAUGCAUAUUUCUCGUUUUAAGGCAGCCCAGUUCGCUAUAAUUUCUUUAUAAACUCUUUGAAAAAAUUCCAAAUAUUAAGGUGUAUAUAUACAAGUAUAUCGCUGGUUUUGUUUAAUAAGCUUGGAAUGUUUUAUGCACAGAUAUCUUUGUUCUCGCGUUGAAAAAGGCCAAAAGCGAUUGUAUAUUUUGUGUCCGUUUCAAGCAACAUUUACAAGAAAAAGCGCGACUGAGUGCCAAUUUUCUUAGCAAUUUAUGGCUUUAAAGCUUAUUCACAAUGAAAAGCUGUAAAUAAAUCCCGGCAAACAGAUUAGCAUGGCAUGCAAACACAACUUAUAUGAGCCACUCAUGCAGAGCUUGUUUAUACGAUCGAAUUCCGAACGUUCUUGAUACAAAGCAAAAAGGCGACCCAAUAUUUCAACAAUAUUUUUUUGAAACUUCGACAAAUUAUUGUAAUUGUGUAAAUUUUUAAUACAAGAGUCGAGCCCGAAAGGUUCGUCGCUGUUUUUCAGUUCGUACUGUAGCGUUCACGAUUGCUACAAGUUGCCAAUAUUACCGCAGGGUUUUUUAUUGUCGUCACAUGUUCAAAAAGUUAAGAGACUAUUUCCGUCUUUGCGCGUCAAAAAAAUGAGAGCAUGUGAUUUCGAUUUUUAUGUGCUGGUCAAAACAACUAAACAAGACGCGGUAAUAUCGCAUAUUUAUGAACAAUCAUUCGCACCACCUAAAUAUCUGGCUUGAUUCCGCAUUUAGAUUAAAUUCCUCAACAUAUAGGGCGCCUCAACGUUUGGGGAGGGGGUUUAAAUUAAAGAGACUACGGAAGUGGGUAUAGUGUGUUUUGGUUGUAAGAAAUUUUCCCGCGAACCUUAGAACCACGUGUUGGGACGCGAAGGUCGUUUGGUAAAUCAUUUGGAACUAAUGCCCAAGCGAAAUGCUAAGCAACCUUCAUUAAAACGCAAGGUCGCCUUUUGGUAUUGAAAUUUAAUAACGCGUCGUAACAAAGAAAAAAUAUGCAUAAUUCUAAACUCUUUGUUUUCAUUCAUUCAUAACUGCGAGUCUGUGACUGCAAUGCCUAUAUUUAUAUUUGAUCAACUCAUUUAGAUGGCAAUCCUGUGAAAAUCCAUUGGUCUGUAAUGCGACGCAUGGUAAAUAAAAGUGCAAUAAACGGCUUAUAAUGUCCAGUUUAUCAAACUCAUUAUUUUGACGAGUAGUGUUUGCUAUUCUGUGUACGCUUUUCAUUUGCAAAGCUAAUUUGCCAACCCUGCAGGGCAUUUCUUUAGGGUGGGUUUUCAUCGAGUAACAAACAACCAACUUUCAAACAGAACUUACUACCAAUAACUGGUACAUAGAUUAAAACGAGGAUUAAGAAUUAUUCCAAUUAUAUAAUUGAUCAAAAUUUGUUAGGGCAUCCAAGCAAUGGGUACUUGGCUACAAAUGUCGCUACGGAUUUGUCCUUCAUUGCCAUAUAAACAUACAUAAAUAAUUAUGAUUAUUAAAAGAACGAAGCGAGUAAUUUAUUUGGUUUUAAGUAUAUAGAUAAAUCUGCUCUGACAUCAGUAAACCAUUGUAUUAUUGCACUGCAUUAACAUUGGCAAUAAACUCUUAAAACUAUAUAUUAAACUCUAUUACAGAUUGUUUAGAUCUUGCUUAGUUUUCAAAAUAUUUCGACUGAAAAAAGUGAGCUGUUCGCCAUCUUGGAUUAUUGAGGAUAUGCAUGUUACGUCAAGAGAGGGGCCACGCUAAUUUUUUGUCUGAGAGUAAGCGAUCAAUAUGGGUCCAAAACUUCGUUUCUGGUUGCUGUCUGAAAUUUAGAAAUGAUUAAAAACAUUUGAAACAAUAUUGGAUUGUUACUCGGUCAUUUUAGAGUAGUUUUAUAUGGUUAACCCAACUCCUAACGUCAUCAAAACCAUAGUUUUAAUAAUGAGGUCAAGAAUUGGUCCAAUAUGGUGGACAGCUCAUUUAUUUCGGUCUAAAUGUUUCGAGAACUAAGCAUGCAGUAUGACAAAUCGGUAAUAGAGUUUAAUAUAUACUUUUAAGAGUUCUUUUGAAUGAGACAAACUAAUUUUUUAUUGCCAAUAUCAGUGCUGUUCGUUUCCGACCUCGUUUAAAUCACAAUGUUGAUAUAUUUUUUCUGUAUAAGUGAGUGCGAUGGUUGCUUUUAAUUCGAGAACCGUUUGGCAUAGACCACAAAACACCUUGAAUGCUUAACAUUGUAGUUAGACCAUUUAUUCAAAAUGUAUUUAUCUAAAAGGCAUGCACCAGUGGACAUGCGAAUGCUGUGACUGUAUUAAGUUACAGGGAGAAAUCUCUGUGGCACUUCCGCUCAGAUUCGGGGCCAAGUCUAGGUAGUAUCAUUAUAUUAAUGUUCUAGCAGAUGCACAGUGCAAUAGAGCAAUAUCCAUACUCUAAUUUUGUUGUUAUUCAUCAAUCAUCUCUUAUAUGUCACAUGAUAGGUGCAGAAAAUAUAAUCAAUAAAAGGGCUAGGCUGUGUGUCUCCAUUUCAAUGAGAUCGUUCUGCGUCAGCAAUCCCGCAUAUCUCUGAAUUAAUACCGACACUAAAUGUCUGAAAAGACAACCUAUACCUAGAUACCAUUCACGUAUUUUGUGAUCAAACAAAUAUAGUAUUACAGUACUUUAUAUGCUACAAGUUCCAAGGCAUACGCCAGAGUAUUCCAGACAUUGUAAGUUCAAAGGGCAAAGCCAAGGGUGAUAAAGUUUAUUUUUUUAACUGUAUAGUUUUUGUUAUGAAAACCAAUAUAAAAUUUUGAUAAUGUGGGCUAAAGCUUAUAGAUUAUAAGUUCAUGCACCACUAUAUGAAGGUGACGCCAAUGUAAGAUGUGUAGAUUGGAAAUUUUUUAUCCUGGCUUGAGAAAUAUCGUUUCGCCAGAUCCUUCCAUUUCAAAUAUUUUUGUUCGUGUAUUUACUAAACAGACAUACACAAAGGCAAUAUUAAAAUUAGUUAGGUCAGCCCUGCAAAAGUGUCUUUCGUUGGUAUUCGCCGGAAACCACGCACCCUAGAGAAUAUUCUCACAUACUCUCUCGACUUCCUUAAAUCUUUAAAGGCUUUUGAAAUUUCCCUUGCAACACAAAGAAAAUAAAAACUCGUUUAUCCGUUUAUACUAUUUUGACUUUGGGUAAAUAAAAGCUAGAUUUUUUUACACGGUCGCAACAGAAAUUUUUGAAAUUUUCCUUGGAAUACAAAGUAAAAACUCGUUCAUCCGUUUAUAUUAUUCUGACUUUCGGGGUAUAUAAAAGGCUAGAUUUUUGAUACAUUCGCAAUAGUUGUAGCAAAAGCUCAAAUUGUCAAUAUCACCGCAAACCCAUAAUGACUGUUAAUGGCAGAAAAUUGUCUGCCGCGCCCAAUAUCAAGGGUUUUAGAGAAAUCACAUGAGAAAGGAAUGUAUGUGAUUUUACUAGAUUCAUCUACAUUUCAAAUCGCCGACAUGGAAAUUAAAUCCUAUAACAUAUAUAGGUCAUCAAACAGAUACAAAUGCUCGCUUAAAAAACAAUUUCCUAAACAGAGGGGGAAACUUUUAAUUAACCUACUGACUUGACGAGUAAAAUACUCUGGCGUUAGACAGAGCAAAAUAAUAAAGUAGCGCGCAAUGGGACAGAAUGCAACCUGAUGCGUUAACUAGACAUACGGGACGAUUAACCCAUUGAGCGCCAGCGCUCCCUUCUUGACGAAUAAAAUAGUCUGGCAUUAGACAGAGUAAAAUAAUAAAGUAGGGUGCAAUGCAAUUUAAUGCGUUAAACAGAGAGUGCUGUUAGUUGCGACAAUUCUUAUCAAUGGCAGCCUUAGUAGCACAACUCGACUAGAUUACAUUAACAGCAUUUGAUGCUAUUAGCUAAAACUUGUAACCGUUUAGGCAUCUAAAAAAUCUUGACGUAAGCCUGGAACAAGAAAUAAUAACAACCUGCUUAAUAUCAGGAAUUAAGAUUUGUAUACAAUUCACAUAUAUAGGCGCAUGUAUAUACAUCUAAAUUAUGUACAUUCCUGUUUGAAAUAUAGUCAUUGAUUGUCUUUAGUAUUGUCGGAAUUCUAGGGUAUAGGAGCAUUAACACGCAUAUACUGUCAUUACUCGCUGUGUGCGAAUGCUUCAAAGUGCUUAACUACGUGGGCAGUACUCAUUAUGAGCGACCCAAUAUCCUCCCACGCAUUCUGCGGUCUGUUAUGUGAGCAAAUUCAAUAGUCGGGAAUAAUCUGGAAUUGAUGAAAUGCACCACAUAAAUCUUUGCCAAUUUUUUCAGUCCAUGACGAGUGCACGUUUUCAAUGGCUGGCAUGCGAGCUUUUGAAUAAGUGUAUUAUUAAUUGUCAUGAAAAAAACUUGGCAUAAUUGCUUAUACAGAUGACCAUCGGCAAUUGAAAUUAAACUUGCCAUAUGAAAGCUUGUCACAUGCAGAAAACUUAUUCGUUUAUGAAUGGCUUAAUUAAAGCGCGUCAUCAAGCUGUUUUAAAUCCUAAAGGCUAGUGGUAGUGUCCCUAUAAGGACAAGAUAUUGUCUUGACUGAGAACGUUUUCAAAACGAAUGGAUGACAACGUUUUUAAGACGCUGUUAUAUAUAACAUAAUAUAAAUGAACUCGAUAGUUGGCAAGUUCUCACAAAGUAACUUCACAACUGUGAGAACUUCUUUCACGAUCUUUUGCAUUUGCAACAAAAACUCCUUUUAGACUAAAUAGCUGUUGAUGCAUUUGCAACAAACUCACUAGGUCUUUGUCAACGUACACACAGAGUCGAUAACACCAGAAUAUUGCGAAUUGAAAGGAAUUCAACUUCUCGAGAAAUCCAAGGAAAACUUCGAUUUUUCGUCGAGAAGAAAGUGAAAACUUCCCGACGGGAGGGUCUUUGGCUUUGUUAUAAACAUCGAAGUUAACUUUUACUUGUAUUCUUUCAAGUAUAGUUGAAUGCGCAUCUCAAUGCACAGCUUUCUGGUGUCAUUUGCAACAAUUUCCUUCUUAGAAAACUGUUAGUAAGAGUAUCUCAACCCUGUCCCUUGCAUAUUAUGUCCUAUAGGAUAGCGAGCGGGGUUUACACUAUGAAUGAUUAAAUGUGUUCUUAUUAUGUUUGUGAUGUUACUUUGAGGGCGCUACGAGAGGUGCAAGUCAUUUUGAGUUGGUGAUAUUUCGGAACUGAGUCUAGUUCCUUCGAUAGCGAUGUAUUCUAAGAUAUAACAUUUUUAAUUUUGUGUGUGUCGGUGUUAUGUGCUCAGGUGUGAAUAUAAUGCUUGUGAUGUUACUCUGAGUGUGCAUCCACACCGGGCAAGCUGAGAAGUUGAACCCGCGAACCCGCGAACUUUGGGAUACGAGCUUCCCCGGUGUGGAUGCACACUCAGAGUAACAUCACAAACAUCGCAUUCACCUGAGUACACAACACCAACACACACACGAAGUGUUCUUAUUAGUUAUAUUUCCAUGAUGCCAGUAAUGGCAUUUCUCAAAUAGUUGAAGCACUUCUACCUCUACAUAAGAUGAAACACACUCGGCGAAUAUUAGCAUCUUGUUAGCUCAAGAUUCGAGCUAUUUAAACAAUUACAAAAUUCAUGGGAAUAUUUCGCUUUUAUUUCAGAAUCAUUAUGAAACCUGACAUCCUCAAGUCGAAAUAUUGAAUUUUGUUAUCUUGUUUGAAUAGCUCGAAUCUUGAGCUUACAAGAUGCUAAUAUUCGCGGUGUGUGUUUCAUCUUGUAUUUCGCGAAAAGGAUUUUGCCUCCAUAAUUAGCAUAUAUAAAUAAAAAAGGCAUUCAUUCAGCAUUGAAAAUAAUUAAAGUGAAAUUAUGAAGACAUUACUUGUAAUAUACCCUUGUUUUUACUGCUAUAUAUUCUUUAGAAUAUAGAAACUGCAGAAUUUCGAAUCUAAAUUUUUAGUAAUUAUGAUUCAAUAAUUGCAGAAUUUUAACUCGGUGGGCGGUUUAAAAUAUGUACAUGGUUUAGCCCAUUUAAAUUACCCAGUAUAUGUAACGAACGAUUUGUUUGUCAUGCGGAGUUAAACGAUUUGGUAUUCAAAAUUAACCUAGAUGCAUAUCUUUCGUUUUAGAAAUGCCUACGGCAAUUGAAAAUAGUGGCAUGACAUCCAGCGAGGAAAGACUUCCUGUCAAUGGUAGUUUUUCCGCAUCUGGGUCGCUCUCACCUGUUGAUGAGGUAAGCCUUCUUUGUCUCUAUUUAUUUUAAGAUGAUCUCUAAGUGUGCAUGCCUACACUGAACAAGCUGAAUACUUGACCGUAUAGGGAAUCGAACCCGCUUGUCCAACGCUUUAUCGGCGGAGCUGUAGAAGAAGACUUUAUUCAGCACGCUUUUACAAAAAUAAAAAAUAUACAAAAAAUUUUUAGAACGAUUAAUAAUUAAUCAAUAAGAUAAAAUAAUUCGUGCUGGGUUUCUGAGAUAACCAUAUACAGUUAAUCGAGUCAGAUAACCCAUUUGAAUUAAAUUACUAAUAUUCAAUUAGCUGGGGGAUUGAUGGCAUUAUAUAGAGAUUUAAGAAAAAUAAAUUUUUAUAUAUAUAUGCAAAAUAUAAGCACAAGCAUAAUGUAGACAAAAAAAAUAUAUACAGAAUUAAGUUAUAUGGAAUACAAAACUAUAAAUAUACAAUUAAUAGUUGGAAAGAAAGUCACAUAUGAUUGUGUGUUUGAAGCUGGAUAAACUAAGAACUUUAUAAUGAUAAGGAAGACAGUUCCAAAUUUUAGCACCAGAAAAUCUAAUGUUAAAUUUACCAUAAUUAGAUCUGAUAUUAUGCAUAUAAAAUGACUCUUGACAAGCAAGCCUAGUACUAUAUUUAUGAACUUCAGAAGUUGGGGUAAAGAAUUCCUCAAAAACUGUAGGAAUAAUUUUGUGAUGAAAUUGGUACAUGAAUAAAGCAUACUGAAAGAAUACAAUAUCCUAGCUUGAAUUUCAUGAGGUCAAGUUGGGAAAGUCCGCACGUUCAUCCCCAAUGCAUUCAAGUAAAAUUUUCAGCUUGUCUGGUGAGGACACACUUAGAGAGUAGCGCGUUUAAGCUUCACGUUUCCGGGAACGGCAAACGGCAGGUUCGAACUUGCUUGGCAAAAUUUCCGUUGAAUGUUGUCGUUUCAUAUUUUCUUUCUUGCGUCGAAAGAAUAAUUAUGUAUUUCAGUUUUAAAACAGCAAGUUCAUUUACUCUUUAUUGCCUGAUACUGUAAAAUUUUUCUUUGCCUGCCUGUUUGCCGUUUGUUCGCCGUUUGUUCGCCGUUUGACGCGAAGCUUAAACUCUCUAAUAUCAUAUUGUAGGCUAGUUUACACUAUCAAAGUUUCUGUGAUCACAGUAGGGACUUUGCAGAGGUAAAUUAUAAGUAUUGAAUGAUUUUUAAGAAAUGUUUGAGAAAACUGAGUCUGACUAACGCCCGUAUUCUAAAAGCUCACUCACACUCAAAGAGUGGAGCUUCUGAGCUUCUCUUAAGUGACAAUGCUGUUUCUAAAUAGCUGGGGGCUGAGUAUAGUCACAUUGUAAUGUACGAUACUAACUCUCCAGCUAUUCAAAAACAGCACAGACACUCAAGGGAAGCUCAGACUAAACCUCCACUCUUUGAAAGUGAGUGAGCUUUUAGCAUACAGGCGUAAGUGUUUAACUCUGAGUCAGAUCCCUCAAACAUUUCUUACAAAUCCUUCAAAACUUAGAAUUUACCCAUGCAAAAUUCCUACUGUAAUCACAGGAUUCUUGAUACUGAAAACAGCCUUGAAUAUUUCUUCACCUGAGUACAUAUACCACAGUCAUUACACUCGUAUUAUUAUACACCACAAAGAGUAUAUUUUAGUGACUUAACAUAAUGAGAAAUUUCGAGUAUACAAUGUAAUUUCUCAAGAGAAAUUUAAAAGCCAAACCUUAACUUUAUCGCCAUUAUCAUCGCAUCGAAACAUAGGUGGGGAUAAUUUUUUGCGCAUUUUCCUCUACCACCACGGGUUCAUGCAGAUCAGGAUGUGAGCCCGAAAUAUAUCGCCUGUGACCGCAUGAACGCUUUAGCGUACCAAUUUUUAUAUUUCCUAUCUAACAACGUCUCCUGCAUGUAUAGACUGAUCAUACCUUACAUUCUUUUAUCAUUAUUUUGCAGCCAAGAAUUUUUGUAUUUGUUGAAAAGAACCCGGGCGAAAGCCUUGGUUUGUACCUUGUGCCAUUUGAAGAUGAACCAUUGACAGGACUGUAUGUGAAAACUAUUGUUGCUGGAAAAUCUGCAGCUCGUUUGCAAGUUUUUGAUGCAGGUAUAAUGAUCAUUCACACAAGUUGGCC